AUGAUACAAUUGAAGGCUCUCACUUUUUACCACGGUGGUAGUAGUAGUAGUGGUGGUGGUAGUAGUAGUAGUAGUGGUGGUGGUGGUAGUAGUGGUAGUCGUCGUAGUGGUGGUAGUAGUCGUAGUGGUGGUAGUAGUAGUCGUCGUGGUGGUAGUCGUAGUCGUGGUCGUGGUCGUAGUCGUCGUGGUCGUCGUCGUGGUCGUGGUCGUCGUCGUGGUCGUCGUAGUCGUCGUCGUGGUGGUCGUCGUAGUCGUGGUGGUGGUCGUCGUAGUCGUGGUGGUGGUCGUAGUCGUGGUGGUGGUCGUAGUCGUGGUGGUCGUAGUCGUCGUGGUGUUGGUGGUCGUCGUAGUGGUGUUGGUGGUCGUCGUAGUGGUGAUGGUGGUCGUCGUAGUGGUGUUGGUGGUGGUCGUAGUGGUGUUGGUGGUCGUCGUAGUGGUGUUGGUAGUCGUCGUAGUGGUGUUGGUCGUCGUCGUAGUGGUGUUAGUAGUAGUGUUAGUAGUAGUAGUAGUAGUAGUAAAAUGACAAACAAAUAUGUGUCAUUUUUAUUGUUUACAAAUGGCCAUAUGAUUAACGGUGUUGAUGGGGUUGAUUACGAUCAACCUCCAUGUGGAAAUUUUAGCAUAAAUUGGAAUAGUAGAAUUGUGUUCGAACAAUUCCUCCAAAUGGUAGGAUUAUCACUUGGUGUAGAUAUGAGUUCAAGCUAG